AACAAAAACUGCGUAAGCUUUACGGGAGGCCUUGAUGGGUCAGAGGUGGUGUGUUUUGUGAUGACGUCAGCAGGAGGAGGUUGUUAGCUCACUAUAUAGGGCCAAGCAGUCUGCCUGUCUUUAUGCUCUAACUUCUCUUUCUGGAAGAGGACGAAACAGUAAAACCAGCAAACAUGAGACUGUACCUCGCCAUUGCCGCUCUGGUGCUCGUGCUGGCUGCGCACGCAGAGGCCCAGGAGGAGCCCACAAUAGAGCAGCACUUCGCCAACUUCCACACAAAAGUCAAGGAAUUCGGAUCAGAUGUGGCUGAGAAGACCAUGGCCACCAUCAAGGAGAUUGAGCAGAGCGAGUUCGCCGCCAAGACCAAGAACUGGUUCACUGAGCAGUUUGAGAAGAUGAAGAAGCAUAUCGAUGAAACCUUUACCAACUAAACCCCCCCCCCCUUCUCUCUCACUGUCGCCACUGUGAUAUCACCAUGCCCCGCUGUUCCUAACAGACCCGAGUGUUACAUUACACUGUGAUGAUCUGCUCACUGUUGUGUGCAAUCUAUGCAAUUUCUGUCAUUUUUAAGUGAUGCCAAUGCUGUCAAAUUCAUUAAAUGUUCAAUAAAUUGUCAACAUUUAUAAAAACA